CCACAAUGGCGUCGACAGUGUAACGUGCGUUGUUGAUGCGGUUGUGUUUUUUAACAAAUUGAAGAACCAAAUAUCGUGUAAUAACAAAUGAAAAAUGGCGAUUAAUAAAGGGUGGCAUUCUGAUUUAUGGAAAACAUGGGACAAACAUGGAAAAAAUGAUUACCUCAAGAUAAUCAAGCAGAAGUAUAAGGAAGGCGACACUACAGAAUGGAGACGAGGAUUGUACGAAUUGAUCUCAAAUGGAGUCCAGGGGAAUGUAAAGAAAGACAAUGUGGUAUCUACCCUUGGAGAACUUAUCAGCAUCGAUGCUGCCAUACCCUCCACUAUUGUGGAUUUAUUCACCCUGAUAGAUGCGGAAGUGGUGAACGACAACAGAAACAAUUUUUAUUACAUCGUAAAAGAAAGCGAAAAGUUUUUGACAGAUAGGAUACUCAAAGAACGACUGGAGAUUGACACCCUGCAGGACGUUGGAAUUCUUAAAAAUCGAAACUUUAACACAAAGUUUGUUAAAGUGAAGACAAAACUCUUUUACAAACAACGGAAGUUUAAUCUUUUUCGGGAGGAGAGCGAGGGGUAUUCGAAGCUGAUAGUUGAAUUGAUUCAGGAGAGACCUGCCAGUGAGGUUUCGAAUACUUUAGAAAUUGUCAAAUCUCUCAUAGGUUACUUCAACCUCGACCCCAACCGAGUCCUGGACAUAGUCCUGGAGACAUUCGAGAAUCGCCCGGAGGACGAUGCCCUCUUCAUUCCCCUGAUAAAAUCCUACAUGUGUGACGAACAAGUCCUCUCCGAGGUCCUGGGUUUCAAGUACCGUUCCACAGUGGAAUCCACCCCGUUCUCCCUGCAGAAGCUCACAGCCCUGAUGCUCCAGCACAAAGUGAUUCACCUAGACAACAUUCUCCCCUGGCUGGUCCCGGACGACAAGACCAUCAUCAAGGACCACGAGCAGUCGAUGCGUUCAGCAAAAGAGUACGUUCGAAAGAUGAGUAUAAUCUCGACGAAAGAUCGUGAGGAGGUGCCAGAGGAGCGAGAGCCACCGCAGGACAAGUACUCGGGGAACCAGAAAUUCGGUCUGUGCGAGGCACUGCUGGAGAUUGGCGCCUGGGAGGUGGCCCAGAGCCUCUUCAGUCGUCUCCCAGACCACAGCCUGACAGACCAGAGGCCCAUAGCCCUAGCCCUCUGCCGAAUGGUCCAAUCGAUAGUCGAGCCUGUCUACCGCAAACACUGCAUCAUAUCUCCAAAGCUCCCUGGCAGGAGGAUCCCACCCCUGAACAAUCCCCUGGCUCCACGACCUAUGAACGAUCUCAACGACAUUCACGACCAGCUCUUGCCAAUGCUGAUAAUCCUGGGACCAAAUUUGCAUCACGAUCCCAUCCUGAUGUACAAGAUAAUGAGGAUCUGUCAUGCUGCCAUCAAACAGCACCCACUGGACUCCAACAAACAGCCCAUCGACAGGAGCAGCAGCGUCUACUACGAUAUUCUCACGAUCCUGGACGUUGCCCUGCUGCCCUCCCUCUCGUUUAUGGACUGCAACUGCUGUGUUGCUGAGGAGAUGUGGAAUAUUCUGAAGUAUUACCCUUAUCAGAAUCGUUAUUGUCUGUAUGCCAGGUGGAAGAACGACACGCCCAUGCAGCAUGCUGCAUUGCUGCGCAAACGAGCAGAUGCCCAGAAGAAGAUCAAGUCCAUCAUGAAGAGGGUGAGCAAGGAGACCAUCAAGCCUGUGGGGAGGACCAUUGGCAAGCUGACUCACUCGUCCCCUGGGGUCCUCUUCGACUACAUUCUCAUUCAGAUACAGCUGUAUGAGAAUCUCAUUGGACCUGUUGUGGACUCACUGAAGUAUCUGACCAACAUCUCGUACGAUGUCCUCGGGUACUGCCUCGUGGAGGCACUGGCUGGGGCUGAUCGCGACAGGUUGAAGCACGACGGCAACAGCAUAUCCCAGUGGCUCCAGUCCUUGGCGUCCUUCUGUGGGGCCAUUUUUAAGAAAUAUAAUAUUGAGCUCACGGGGCUGCUUCAGUAUGUGGCUAAUCAGCUGAAGGCGCAGAAGAGUCUUGAUCUGUUGAUACUUAAGGAGAUUGUACAGAAAAUGGCCGGGGUGGAGGCUGCUGAGGAGAUGACUGCUGAUCAGCUUGAUGCUAUGGCUGGUGGAGAUCUCUUGAAAACUGAGGCUGGUUACUUCAGUCAAGUAAGAAACACAAAGAAGUCGUCCCAACGUCUGAAAGAGGCCCUAGCAGAGAACGACCUGGCAGUGGCCCUCUGCCUCCUAAUGGCCCAGCAGAAGCACUGCGUGGUCUACCGAGAGACCGACAAGUCCCACCUGAAACUAGUGGGCAAGCUCUACGACCAGUGUCAAGACACUCUCGUGCAAUUCGGCACCUUCCUCGGCCAAACGAUGACAGUGAACGAGUACGUUGAGCGUCUCCCCGGGAUGCACAACAUGCUCCAGGACAAUCACAUCCACGCGGACGUGGCCUUCUUCCUGGCGAGACCGAUGUUCGCCCACGCGAUAAACAUAAAGUACGACGCCCUCCGCAAAGUGGACCCCAACUAUAAGAGAAUGUCAGCCUCAGUAAAACAAGCGAAAUGGGCAGAGGCAGCGCAAGCAGUGAUGGCCCCAGUAGCUCUGUCAGUUCGUCCCCUGCACCCACCCAAAGUCUGGGAGGACAUAUCCCCCCAGUUCCUGGUGACCUUCUGGUCCCUAUCGAUGUCCGACCUCUUCACACCAGUCGACAGCUACCAGAGGGAGAUCAACAGACUGAAGCAGCUGGCAGCGCAGGCUGCUGACUCGAAGGACAUGAACGCCAGCAAAGGAAAAAAGGAGCAGGAGCGCUACACAACUCUGAUUGACAAGCUCCAGGACGAGAAGAAGAAGCAGGAGGAGCACGUCGAGAAGGUCCUGGCUUACCUGAGACAGGAGAAGGACUCGUGGUUCCUCUCUCGCAGCCCCAAAUCAGCCAAGAACGAGACAAUCACUCAGUUCCUCCAACUCUGCCUCUUCCCAAGGUGCACAUUCACAGCUGUCGAUGCAAUGUACUGCGCCAAAUUCGUUCACACCAUUCACUCCCUGAAAACAGCCAACUUCUCCACUCUCCUCUGCUACGAUCGUCUCUUUUGUGAUAUUACGUACUCGGUUACCUCUUGCACUGAGAAUGAGGCCAAUCGUUAUGGACGAUUUCUCUGUGCCAUGCUGGAGACUGUCAUGAGGUGGCACUCGGAGAAGGCCAUUUUUGAUAAAGAGUGCAGCAAUUAUCCUGGAUUUGUUACCAAAUUCAAGGUCAGCAAUCAGUUCUCGGAGGCUAAUGACAUGGUGGGAUUUGAGAAUUAUCGCCAUGUGUGCCACAAGUGGCAUUAUAAGAUCACUAAGGCCAUUGUUGUGUGUCUGGACUCCAAGGAUUACGUGCAAAUCAGGAAUUCUUUCAUCAUUUUGAUCAAGAUUCUUCCGCAAUUUCCAGUUAUUGCUAAACUCUCGGGGAUUCUCGAGAGAAAAGUGGAGAAGGUGAGGGAGGAGGAGAAGGGACAGAGGCAGGAUCUCCAUGUGCUGGCGACUUCGUACAGUGGACAGCUGAAGGCGAAGACUCCACACAUGAUCAAGGAGGCUGAGUUUCAUCAUGUUAAUGACAGGACUGCCAAGAGCCAGGAGGGGGCGAACAAUGAGACGAGUGAGAAGGUCAGCAAUGGCAUCGGCUCGAAGGAGGGGGUCAGCAAUGGGGAGAGCAGGGAGAAGGAGAAGGAGAGCAAGGAGGCCAGGGAAAAGAGGUCUGCUAAUAAUUCGGGGAAUCAUGAGGUGGUGGAGAAGGUGAGGAAGAAGGAGGAGGGCAAGGAUGUUGUCGAGGUGAAGGAGAAACAUGUCAAGAAGGAGGAGAAGGGUGAGAAGGACGAUGAGGGGAGUGAGAAGAAGGAGAGGAAGUCCAAGGAGGAGAGUUAUUAUGGAGGAGGGGUGGAUCAUUUGGACAGGGAUCUCUCUAGUGUCUCGAAUAGUAGUGCUAGCAGCUCGGGGCAGAAUCAGGAGGCGGAGAGAGAGCCCAAGAGGAGAAAAGUAGAAAGCAUUCCUAAAGAAAGCAGACGUACUGAGGCUGCAAGUGAAAAGAAAGAAAGAUCUGCUAAGACUAAAGUUAGAGAUGAGCAGAAAGAGCUCAGACGAGAGAAAAAACUCGGUCGUAAGAGGGAUCGAGCAGAGGAGGUCGUCGUUGCGGCUGAACAGAAGCGGAGGAAAGAUGAUGAUCGGGCAAAAAAUACCCACCAAAAUGGCGACGUCCCUGAGCACAGAGAGAAACAUCACUACAGCAAGGAAAAGUCUCCUUACACGAAGGAGAGGACCCACGAGCGUGAGGGACGAGAAGGCAGAGACAAACAUAGGAGGAGUUCAGAUCCCAAACGAAGAUGAUGUAAACCAACUGACGGAGUUUGACUUACAUUUUAUAUUCCCACGUUUGAAUGUUGUAUGUAAUAACAGCAAAUCUUUCAAAGAAAAUAAUAAUAACAAUGAUAGAAGUAAUAAAAUCUCAAUAGUAAAUAAUUUUUAUAUUAAAUCAUCAAGAAUCCAAUUUUACACAAUAAUAAACGAAAAAAAAUGAAACGAAUUUCUAGUAUAAACUGAUUCCUCGUGAAUUAUUGUGUGUGCAGUCUCUCUGUGAUAAAUCCACUUUUAAUGAAUAAAUAAUAUUGAUGAAAUUA